CUCAUACUCGACACGUGAUGUAAACAAAGCAUUGGAUAUCGGUACAACGUGGACCCUACCCGUGGACAUUACGACCAUAGUGUUAUAGUCGCCAUGACAAAUGAUAAUGAACAGCCAACUUACAGAGCAAUUCAACAAACAAUUAUGUCGACAGAUGAAGAAGCUUGUAUUUCUGAAUCAUUUCAUCUCAAAUGUACCAACGAGGAGGAAUCGGGAAAGGACAAGGGAGACAACUACCCCAUUGAUUGUGAAGUCGACGAGCCGGAGCUAUCUCCAGAUGGAGGCUGGGGAUGGGUUAUUGUGUUUAGCAGCCUGAUGAUCCAUAUAAUUUUAUUUGGAAUUGAAAAAUCGUCGGGAAUAUUUUUCCUUAAGUUUGAUGAAGCAUUCCAGCAACCAGCUAGUAUCACUGCCUGGGUAACCACAGUUCCUGGAGGUCUACGUUCAAUUCUAGGACCCCUGUGUAGCCUGCUGACAAACAAAUUCUCGUUCCGCCCCGUCGUCCUGGCAGGAGCUAUCCUCAUGGCACUAGGGAUGUUGCUGACGGGAUUCGCCAGUAAUAUGGCGUUGAUCUUCUUCAGUUUUGCCAUUGUUGAAGGCCUGGGAAUGUGCCUAGUGUAUUCACCAGCAGUCGUCAUCGUCGGCAAGUACUUCACCAAAAGACGGGGACUGGCUGUAGGCAUCGCGUCCUCAAGUUUUGGAUCAUUUCUCUUCCCAACCUUUAUCGAAUUCGCUUUUGACUAUUACGGAUAUAUGGGUGCGUUUUUAUUGUUAUCGGGGAUAACUUUAAACAUCAUUGUGUGUGGAAGUUUAUUUACACCUCCUCCUGAAAGGAAACUUCGGAGAAGACAGAAAACAUCUCAGAAUGAAAAGGAGACUGCCCAACAUUUAAUACGAUCCCAGAGGCAAGAUGGAGAUAAUGGUAAAGAAUUGAGUGAACAGCCAAAUGAGAGAACAGCAUGUCACCAGGAAUGUGUGAGAAGAUUUCCGUGCAAUAGAUCGUGUUUGAACAGUUCUAAAUUGACAGUAUCUGAGAUAAUGAGAGAUUCUAGGUUUGCUACAUUCUGUGUAGCAAUGUUUCUUUUCUCCAUUGCUGCUAAUUCUGCUUAUGCGUUCAUACCUUUAUAUGCCAAGCAGAUAAACAUUACAAACUCGCAGUCGACGUACGUUGUCGCUAUAACCAUUCUGGCCGACGGUUUGGGUAAAGUCUGUGUUGGUGCCCUCCUGGAUAUCAGACUAGUUAAACCGUACAGAGUGUUGGCCUACAAUGUCACUCUAUUACUAGUAGGAGUGACGUAUCUCUGUCUUCCGUCCACGUCUACAUUCGUACAACUUUGCUGUGUAUCUUCUGUGUUUGGUCUCCUAUUUGGGGGCAUUAUGUCACAGAAGUCUGUCGUGGCGGCCGACAUCCUUGGUGUUGACAAACUUGCUGAUGCCUUCGGAAUACUAAUGUUAUUCCAAGGCGCUGGAUCCUUCGUUGGACCUCCUAUUUCAGGCUUGAUGAAAGAUUUGACGGGAAACAAUAACGACGGUUUUUAUUUCGGAGGAGUAACUACGAUCGUCGGAUCUCUCAUAUUUGCAGGUGCUAAUAGUGUCCAUCAUUGUAAACCAAUGUGAUGCCAAGUGUAUGAAAUGUUAUCCAUUCGUAUCAAAAUACCGGCGAAUAUGCCUAGCACAAUUUAACAUUCUGAGCGGAAAAUGAAAUAUACUCCCAUCACACAA